CGCUUUAGUAGGCCCCACGCGCCAUCUUCUCUCGACCAUAGUUCUUCUGUACCUGCCUGACUACGGAGGAAGAACACUGAAGGAAGCAAUAACCAAAACCCAAUAAAGCGGAAGGGAGAUGGAGUUUCAUUCAGGUCGAACUGUCCCAGAAGCAUCCCAGACGGGUCCAAAUUCCUCUGAUGACAGGCCACUGGUACCUAAUAAUGAUCCUUUGGAUUUUUCCCAUUCAUUACUUUUUGAUAUCUUUCUAAUCUUCUGGGGCAUUUAUAUGUGGAAUAUUUUGCAUUAUUGCAUGGUUGGUUGGUGGCUUUUGGCUCUUGUUGUUCCCUGUUCAGUGUUAUCAUCGCCACUAGUGCGCAGUUGGGUGUUGCCGGGCUUCGAGAAUGUCGCAGAAGAGACACCAGGAUGAUGGCAAGGGGAGUUAUCGAUCAGAAGGGACGACUGGUAGUCCGGGGGAUAAGCGCCGGAGGACUACUUUUCAGAAUGUGGUUUCGGAAAUAAUGAAGUUGCACACUGUCCAGCAUUUGCUGGAGCCAAUUCUUGAGCCUUUGAUUCGCAGAGUGGUCAGAGAGGAAGUAGAAUUGGCCCUAAGGAAACAUUUGAACAAUAUGAAACAGAAUUGUGAGAAAGAGACUCAACCUUCUGAAUCAAGAAUCUUAAAGCUACAGUUCUUAAACAGUCUGUCUCUUCCGGUAUUUACUGGAGCUCGGAUUGAAGGAGAAGAGAGUUCCAGUAUCCAAGUAGCUUUGAUUGAUUGCUUUACUGGCCAAAUAGUUAAAUCUGGCCCUGAAUCCGCAGCUAAAGUGGAAAUUGUUGUCCUUGAGGGUGAUUUUGAUGGUGAGGAGGGUGACAAUUGGACCCCUGAAGAGUUCAAGAAUAACAUUGUAAGAGAGAGGGAAGGCAAAAAACCUCUUCUAACAGGGGAAGCAGUCAUCAAUCUUAAUGAUGGAGUUGUUUCUGUGAGUGAGAUUUCUUUUACAGAUAAUUCAAGCUGGACAAGGAGCCGUAGGUUCAGGUUAGGAGCAAGAGUUGUAGAUAAUUUUGAUGGAACUAGAGUGAGAGAAGCAAAGACAGAAUCCUUUAUUGUCAGGGAUCACCGUGGAGAAUUGUACAAGAAGCACCACCCUCCAUCUCUGCUUGAUGAAGUAUGGCGACUAGAAAAGAUUGGAAAGGAUGGAGCUUUCCAUAAGCGUUUGACUCGGGAAAACAUCCGCACCGUGAAGGAUUUCCUCACCCUACUCUUCAUAAACCCUCCAAGGCUCCGCCAUAUCCUUGGCACAGGUAUGUCUACUAAGAUGUGGGAAGUCACAGUGGAGCAUGCUCAGACAUGCAUACUUGAUAAGAGGAUAUACUUGUACUGCCCUCCCAGUUCACAACAGAGAACUGGUGUGGUCUUCAACGUUGUAGGACAAGUAACAUACCUACUUUUGGAAUGCGAAUAUAUUCCUCUCAGUAAGCUUUCUGAAACACAAAAGGUUGAUGCCCAGAACUUGGUACUUUCUGCAUUUGAACACUGGGGAGAAGUAGUCUCAUUUGAUGAUGAGGCUUCUCUUUUGGGUGGGGGCUCAUCCAAUGUUCAUCAGACAUCAAGUUCACCAAGAGGAGAGGAGUUUACUGGAAGCAAGUUUAUGACUACUCAAAAAAUUGGCGGAUUUGAUUAUACACAGGCAUCCGCCUCUUCUCCUGAUAUCAUUUCAUCCAUGUAUUCUGUGGGGGGCACAAGUGGCUUGGAUGAUUAUGCCUUGCACAACAUUGAUGGAAUGGGUCUUAGAUAUGACCAGAGUUUAAGCUUCCCAGGUCAAGUUGGGAAUUCCCUGAUCUGUGACCCAGAUUCAAUAGCUGCAUUUUGUGAUGAUCAUCUACAGUUUUUUGAUACUGAUCUUCAGUCCCAGAGCAUGCUUCCAGAGUCACCAGCAGAUCUACAAAGCGCUGUAGAUGGCUUCUUGUUGGCACAACGUUCGACUGCUGCUGUUGCCGCCAUAGAUAAGGCUCAGAGGAGAUGGACAAAACUAUUCAGUGUCCUCAAGUGGUUCUCAAUUCAGAGGAGCGUGCGGAACCGGGUUCGAGACAUUCCAAGAUACUAGUAUAAAGAGUGUUUGCUCAAAAUUCCAAAUAGUGUUCAAAGCUGCCCGAAGAAUGUUUUGUGUGCAGGUGUAGGGUGUGAAGGCUGGAAAUGGAGGCUUUCUUAGAUGUAGAUACAUCUGGUAGUUUAGUUUGCAAGUGUCUUAGUUCUGCUGGGCAGAGGCUAAUAUGUAAAUACCUAGAUGCGUUUCCAUAGCUGUGUUUUGGGUUGUGGUUAAUAGGCAAAGCUCAGAGACUCAGCAAUUGAUACUGGAAAAAUAAUUUGGUAAUAAAAUCAUUUGCUGAAUAAAGGUUUAUCCUUUUUCCUA